CGCGAGCAGCCCCGUCCCGUUCCGUUUCCAGAUUCCCCCGUCUCCGCGCCUGCCUGGCGCCUACCUGUAUACCUAACCCCAACACCUCGAAACGCGACCAACACCCGGCUUCCUCGACCGACCGACCGACCGACCGACCGACCGAUUGCUCCAGCGCCUGCGCCAGUCCCGUCCAAGGCCGGAAGACUCCCCGUCGUCGUUAACGUGGGCGUGUGGUGCUACACUUUCCUUAUACGUCCGUCCACACAUACAACCACACACAAUUCGCCAUGAACUCCGUAACAACCUCGACAAUAGGCCGCCUGGCCUUCGGCGUUUCACGUCUCAGCGCCGUCACCAACGUUGCCGGCGCCGUGCGCCACGCCAGCACACACCCCACCACCGCAAUCCCAAAACCGACCACAGCGGUUCUCAAGACAAGCCCAUUGGCCGAGGAGACGGCUGUCGAGCUCAAGAGCCCAUCCAGGCUGCAGCUCAAGUCAGAGCCAGGAAACAAGGGAAACCCCAAGGGCCAUGGCGAUCGCAUCUGGGCGUUUCACCACAUUGAGCAAGGCCAGGUGAUCUACUCGACCAAGCCUGUUAUCUCUCACCAACACCUCAUCCGCCAACAACCCUUCACCGGCAAGAACCUCGUCCCCCGCAAGAUCCGCAAGGACUACUGGCGUCCACUCGCCAUGAUCGAGCUGGCGGGCAAGGACCAAGGUGCGGUCGGCCGAUCCGUCUACCAGAAGCUGCGAGAGUUCAAGAAGCGGCACGAGCUGGACUGGGCCAACGAGGCCGAGGAAGGCCGCAAGCUGAUGCACAAGUCCAAGCGUGAGCGCGGCCAGGAGCUCAACGACCAGAAACCCAACAGCGUGGCCGACAUGGCGGCCGUGCUGGCGGGAGCCGGCAAGGGUAACCUCAUGUGGCAGGUGUCUCGCGUUGGGUCUUCGUCAGAACUGGUGGGCGAGAUCAAGAAGGCGAGCGGGGCGGUGGAAAAGGGGGCUGUUGUCGACGUCAAGAGGCAGCUGAGAAGGGCAACGGUGUACUGGACCAACGAGCAGGAUAAGUUCCACGCGAGGGAGUGGAGCGAUAACGUCAGCCAUGAGGUUGGUAUCCCUGGCGAGGCCGAGAAGAAGAGGAUGCCUAUUAGGAUGAGCAGCGAGUAAGGGGUCAUGAUCAGUCAUGGAAGGGGUUAGGUGGGGUGGAAGAAGGAGGAGUGCAGCCUUGUCGAGGUGCUCUCCGGUCGGAAGAAGGAGAUGUGAAGGUUGAGCGCCGCAGACAGCGGGGUAGGUAUGUGAGUGAGGACAACCAACCCGGAAAUGGAAAGUUCUCUUAAGACAGUCCAUGCCACCCUUCUAGGCCAUAAACCAUCAUACUCUGGGUGUACAAUUGUCCUGUAUCAACACAUGUGUGGGGAGGUAUUUUUUUAAGGUAAAAACAGGUCGGUCGAUUGACCUCGCUGACCCGUGUUUGUAUUCAUAGUUCUCUGUAAAAAUG